GUGCGGUUCGAGCGGCCGAGCGAGCGAUACGGCCGAGCAGUGCGGUGCCGACUCUUGCUGCCGCGGUUGCAGAUUCCGCGGUGUGUGUGUGCGCGCGUGUUUACACGACGAGAGGGAGCGAAAGAGAAAGAGAGAGAAAGAGGGAGAGAGGGAGAGUUUGCGCCGCGGAGGCGAGGGCAGGAGAGAGCUCGAAAGAGAAAGAGAGAUAGAGAGAAAGAUAGAGAGAGAGAGAAAAAGAGGAGAGAAGCUCGCGAGAGCGGAGGAGAAACGCAAAAAGCGGCGGAGAAGUCUGCGAGUCGUCCGCACGGUGCGUAUCCGCGCGUGUGUUCCGUCGAACACAAGUCCCUCUCUCGCAGGAGGAUUCACGCAGCGCAGCGUGAGUACGCACGCACGUCCGUACGUAUACGUACGUCUCGACUCGCUUCGGUUCGGCUCGACUCUGACUCCGACUCCGACUCCAACGUGUGUGACGUAUAUCGCGAGGUAGUACCGCGGAGUUCGCGCAGCGAGCGACGAUCGACGCAAGCCGACGGGAGAGAGAGAAUAUUGUGCGCAGCGUCGUCGUCGUCGUCGUCGUCGUCGUCGUCGUCGUCGUCGUCGUCGUUGUUGUCGUCGUCAUCGUCGUCGUCGUCGCGUAUACCUCGACGCGCGACGUGACCGGCACGCACACGCCGCGAGAGAGCGAUAACGCGCGCCAACCACCCUGCCUUCAACGGGGCGUGGGUGCCAACUCACACGCGCUGCACCAUCGCACCACACCGCACCGCACCGCACCGCACCGCACCGACGGUGGUGCGGCGAGACGGCGGGCGGUGCGCGUAAUUCAAAGGUGCGCGCGACGGCCGCACGGCGAGAACAUGACAGACGAUACGGAGUGCGCGAAUUCGAGGCGGCAUCGCGUCGCGGGUGAAGGGACGAUAAUAUAAACGUAGUGUGGCAAUACGGAGGGAAGUAAAGUGAGAGGAGAUAGAGAGAAAGAAGGAGAGCGCACGCGAGGCCGAGGGGAGAGAAACUCCUCCGAGAAAGAAAGCUCCCAAACCAAGUACAUCCGUGCGCGGCCAGUGAUCCCGUGUGUGGCUCGCGUGUUGCGCGCGCGAGAGCGCGUCCGCGCCUCCGGUGAGUGUGUGUGAGUGCGAGAGGACCCAGCAGGCCAGGCCACGCGCGCGCGCGAGCGCGCGAGUGGGCCCAUCGGGAGAGGAGAGGAAAGCGGAGAAGAGCAGAGAGGACUUUCGUGGCUUCCGGCCUGUUGGGCGCGGAGGCGUUCCGGCUGGCGAUCGCGGUCGAGCGGAGAGGAUGCUGGUAACGUUGCCGUCGGUCGUAACGACGAGGGCAACGAUGAUGACUUCGCGAGGUCUCGACUGAGAGAUUUACCGAGAGAGGAAGAGAAGGAGAGAAAAAAGAGAGAAAAAGAGAGAAAGAGAGAGAGAGAGAUUCUCGCGUGGUGUGCCGCAUUGUCGUCGGUCGACGUCGGUUCCGUCGUCGCCGCGACGGUGGCAUCGACGAGAGUCGUCGUGCUGCUGGCCGCGGCGUGUUGCCGCAAUCGUUAAUCAGGUGUUACCCCGAAUCAGGUGUUCGCGAGACGAGGAACGUGAAAAAGCGUAAUCUACCGACGGAUGCCGACGGCGUGCUCCGCGAGUCGUCAUCGUUUUUACGCAGCUCGACGUCAAGUCCAUCAGACUUGGAUCGUGUCGUCGUUCGCGAGAUCCUGCGGAUGAUAGUCGUGUCCGAGUCUAGAUAGUCUGAAUACACCGGUGACUAUAUUCUUCAACCGCUGUCGCUAAAGACUGGCUAUCCUGACUAUCCCGUGACUAUUCACGAUCCUAGCAAUUGAGAGACAACAAGAGAUAUUAUUUGUAGGCGCAAGACUCGCGGUCACGGUAAUCGGAGAGCCUCGCGCAAGAAGAGGUCGUCGGUGAAGACAACCGCGACGACCAUUCCGCAAUCACGCGAUCCGGAGGACCUUUCUCGGAACCUAACCCGCGAUCCUAAUAAUCGCCUUCGAAGGAUCUCGAAGCCGGUAUCGAUCCCAGGCCGUGGCGUGGAACGGUGAGCUUCGCCGUCACGGAGAAACCAACACAUUCACGUUCGCGUUACGAAGGGAUUACCUAGACGUCGUCGUUCCUAUCGUAGAAAACGAGCCGUUCUCGUUUUUGACGACGAGUAAAGAAGCCGUCCACGCGACGCCGAGAUUCGAGAUACGAAAGAGAGGUAACGCGCGACGUAGCGACGUCGCGACGCCGGCCGACGGCAAAUCACUUCCGGUGAAAUCGCUAACGCGAACGACACAGCCAGGAUGCAGGUGGCAACGUUGUUCAGGGAGAGCGCUACCCUGCUGGGUGCAUCUAGCCUGGACCCCCCGCAGACUCACCAUCAUCAGGGUAUGCAUCAGCCGCAGCCGCAGCAACAGCAGCAGCAGCAGCAUCAGCAGAUGCAGCAGCAGCAGCAACACGCCAGCGACAUGCACCUAGUCGGCCACCACAUGCAGCACCACUACAAGAUGUAUCCGUCACCGGUGCAGAACGGAGGACCAAAUGGCACGACGACAAUGACUUGCGCGAGUUCUCAAGGGGUGAUGGUGAAGCAGGAGGCGAGGGACGACGGUUACGAGACGAGUCCGGACCUCGAGAUGAGGAGCACCGGCGGUGACAGCAGUCAGCAGUAUCACACGCCGCUGACACCACACACGCCGCACACACCGCACACGCCGCACACGCCCCUCACGCCGAUAUCGGCGACAGCGCAUCAACCCCAGCAGCCGGGCUCGACCGCCUCCGCCCUCGGACAGGUCGCGAUAAAAUGCGAGACGCCGGUGGACCCGUAUUCGUUCGUCGACGAGGAGAUGUCGAUGGGCGGCAUAAGGACGGCGAGCAGUCCAGGCGGCGGCGGCGGCGGCGGCGGCGGCGGUGGCGGCGGCAAUCCCGAGAGCAUGACGUGUCCGGGCGGCGCCCAACCUGGGCUGGGUACACCCACGUCGACGCCGCCCGGGGCGCUGCCCGGGCCACAACAUCAUCAGAUGAAUCUCGUGAUGAACGGCGCCGCCAGCGUCAAUCCGCAGCUGGCGCAUCAGCCGAAGAAGCGAGGCCGCAAAAAAAAGUCGGAGAUGAUACUCACCCCCGAGGAAGCGGAACUCGCGGAGGCCAAGAAACGCGCAAAGACGUACAAAGAGAGGAAGAAGCACGACAGGUUCGACGGUAUGCCGGAAGAGGAAGUGAGCAAGCGCGUUCUACCGGACCACCUCACCAACAACCUUGACAUUAUUAUAAUUGGUAUCAACCCCGGACUAUUCGCGGCUUACAAGGGACAUCAUUACGCUGGACCUGGAAAUCAUUUUUGGAAAUGCCUACAUCUAAGUGGUCUCACGCCCGAACCAUUGACUGCGGACGACGAUUACAAGCUCUUACGACUUGGUAUCGGUUUUACAAAUAUGGUAGCACGUGCGACGAAAGGCAGCGCAGAUCUUACAAGAAAGGAAAUUAAAGAAGGUAGUCACAUUCUGCUCGAGAAAUUACGAAAGUAUAAGCCAAAAAUUGCAGUAUUCAACGGCAAACUCAUAUACGAAGUAUUCUCGGGAAAGAAGGAAUUUGGAUUCGGAAGACAGCCCAAUCUCGUCGACGGUACAAACACGUAUAUGUGGGUUAUGCCCUCGAGCAGCGCGAGGUGUGCGCAAUUGCCACGUGCUGCUGACAAGGUGCCAUAUUACGCUGCUCUGAAGAAGUUCCGUGACUACCUGAACGGUACGAUCACGCAUUUGGACGAGUCAGACAUCGUUUUCGCCGAUUCGAAGCUCAAGAAAAAGGAACACGAGCCGAUCGAGGACAAGAAGCCAGUGUUUGCCGACGAUUUGCCCGACGGUGACGGCCGAAUCACGGAGAUCAACGGCAUGGGAAUUAAGCAGGAGACGGGCGUGAUACCCGGCAAGAAAAAACGCGGCAGACCGAAGAAGAUCAAGAAUCCGGAGGAUCAACCGCAGCCAGAUCCCGAGAAGCUGGACGCGAACGGCGAGGUCAUUAAGAAGCGCCGCGGUCGUCCGAAAAAGAUCCAUCAACAGCAGAAGCAAAUGGAGCGGGACAAUCGCGAGAGAGAGCAACAGCAGCAGCAGCAUCAGCACCAGGCGAUGGGCCAUUUGAACGAUGGUUACGGUAACGUGCCGAAUUGCUUCUCACCACCGAUAAUGUCACCGCCGAAGACGUUCCCGCACAUGGCGCCGUAUCCGCAACCGAUGAACGAUGGAUUUUUUGGUCCGGGCAUGAACGACAAUAGCCCGUACAACAUGAGCGCGAAGCAAAGCCCGGUGCACCUGCAACACUACAGCCAGAGUCCCAAGUCCAUGUCGCUGUCGUUUCACUCGGAUCUGUCGUCGGAGAUCAAUACCGCGAUCUCGUCGGAGAACAAUCUCGAGCCGUCGCCCUUGACGUCGCCCAGUGUUGAGCAUCCGGACUUUGAGCCUCCCACCAGCAUGUCGCAGCAGAGCAUGGGCAAUGACCAUCGUCAGUACAAUCCGGCCGGAGGGCCCGACACGACGGGCCACCAUGGCAGCCCUGGCACGCCGUCCCACAACAGCUACGCCAACUACAUGGGCUACCACGAACAGCCGCCGGACGCGCAUAAUCCGCAUCCACAUCAGACGACACCGACGCCUCUUAGCCAGACGGCCGAGGAGCACUCCCAUCAUUCGCAUCCAACGCCGCCGCAUCCGCAUACGCCCACCCACACGUCCAUGUCACCGCACAAUCCGCACGAGCAGUACGGCAUCAAGAGGAACUCCGGCCAGGACGUGGCGUCCAAGAGCCUGAGCGACUUGGAAUCACUAGUGGACCAGAUCCCGAGUAUAGCCGACGGCGGUAGUCAGCGUCUCCAGCAUUCGCAUCCGGGUAUGUCGGGCGACGAUAGCCUCGCGGAGAAGUUGGACGCCCACCAUCAGUCCUACAUGUCUGGUUUCGGCGGCAUGUCGGCUGGACCAGGUGGGAUGACCAAUUACAGUCCACCAUUGCCACCCGGUGGCGGAAUCUAUCCCUCCCCGCUGCACCACUCUCCCACUGACGCAGGCUACGGAGGUUUAUACGGUAUGAACACCCGCCAUCAUCAGGAGUCUCAGCAACAGCAACAGCAGCAGCAUCAACAGCAGCAGCAGCAGCAGCAACAACAGCAGCAACAACAGCAGCAGCACAGCAAGUCCUACACGGUGGAGAAUCUUGCGUCCAGUAACUACACCCCAAGCAUGAAUCACGGCCACCCUGGUAACUCUUAUCCUAACAUCAUACCCGGUCAUUAUCCGGUGCCGAUGGGCUCGACCAACGGCUAUCUGUUCGGUGGCCUCGAAUCCAGCCUGAUGCAACGUACCUACGGAAUCGGCGGGAUGAGCGGCAUGAGUAGCAUGCACCCAUCCGCCGCCAUCGGCCAUCCGAUGACGGCCAAUCCGUAUCCGUACAACGGCUCGUACUCAAGCUCGUUUGAUGCUUACCCGACGCCACCGACGAGCAUACACGCGCCCAGCGCCAAUUACCCCGGCUACGUCACCACGGCUGGCGCGGCGCCCAGCAGCACCACCUCGCCGCCGUCCUACCUCGCACCGUCGCAUCACAGACCGCCGGUCGACCUCUCCUACGACGGUGUAUGAUAAUCGAUGUCAGACUCUGUUCUCCACUACCGACCCACCACCACCAGUCCCCGAUGAUCCUAUCUCUUUCUCUCUUUCUCUCUCUCUCUAUGUCUCUCCAUCCUCUAUCCCAUCCUCUCCUCCUGUUCCUCCUCCUCUUCCUCCACCUCCUCAGUCCUCCUCCUCCUCCUCCUCCUGCCGAUCGCCUCUUGUGCGCGCGCGCGAGCGACGCACGUAUCCGCCGCGUUUAUCUUUUCUACGUAUUUUUACACACGUCUUUUAAGACACGGCUUUCAACGUGUCGGGGUCGCACCGUCGCGCGUCGUCCCCCCCUCCCCCCUUCCUCCGAAUCGCCAUUCCCUCGUCCUCGUCACUUUCCCUUUUUAAACUGCUCUCCGCGAACCAUCCCGCGAGAUGCUACUUGCAAUCUGCGCGCAAUCUUUCGCUCUUCGUCGAUUCAUCUGCCGCACAGUACUCUCUACUCCACUUCCUCUUUUUCCAUCUCCUUUGCUCAAGCAGGUUCUACGUACAAAGCACCCCAAAAUUGACGGAAAAUGGAUACAUUAUGGUCAAAUCCCCUCACUGAAAACAUCGAGACUCUGAUAGCAAUAACGAAGUUAUCCGAAUUAUUAUUAUUAGAUGGUGUGUCAUGCUUUUUACUUGAGACGAAUACUACCUUAAGAAUCUGAAGCUUAGUUCCUAAAAUAUUGAAUUGAAAAACUGUGCCGGGAGAUAAAGAUGCCCUCGAGGCAGGCACGCUAUAUCGCGUCUGUAUUGCGUCAAUUUUGGGGCACCCUACGCGUAUCGGUCUUUCGUUUUCAAUAUUCCUCCUUGCUCCUUCUCUUUCUGCAUCCCACUUCUACUUCGUCGCCGCGCCUCUCUCACACUCUAUUUUUUUUUAUCACGCUCUCGAUAUGUGAUUACGCCGUGAGCAAUUACGGGCGCGCGGCUCGGGAACGGGAAAGCCGCUCGUGAUACUACAGCGCACGCAACGAACGAGAAACGUAAGCCUCGGGUAGAUCAGGUUCGCUGAUCGCGUUCUGUACCGAUUCGAUCGCUAAAGCACACUUAACACGGGCACGCAUUCCGAUAAAACCAUAACGAUAAAUGACCUUAAUGCCGAACAGAUUGCGAAUUCGGCCGACGACGUAGCCGAGAGAUCGGCCAAACAUGUAAUUGCGCUAUCCUUACUUCCUGCAUCGAUCAGGCGAUAUCGAUCGUCGCACCGAUUGCUACAAGUGUAUCUACGAGCUUCGACGAUCGAAAGCAUGUUACCACGUUUUCGUAUUUCGAAGGGCAUUCGAGAUUGCAAGUGCGAUAUAGAAUAUCCUACGUCAAUUUGCAGUUGUAAAUUGUUAUCUUCGAAAAAUAAGGAACACCGCGUCGACGUCACGACGCAUUUAUAAAGUGAAGCACGAAGUCCGAAAAAUUACCGGUCAAAAUCAAAACGAAUGUAAUUUCGACAAAUCCAAAGUAUUAAUUGGAGCUUUAGAUAUCUGUUGUGCAAUGGUAAUUCGAGUCAAUGAAACUUUUCAAAAUAAUUUGCUAAAAAUAUACUGCAUUAUCAUUUUAUAUAAUAUAUAUACUAUUAUAUAUAUUAUAUAUACUAUUAUAUAUAUUAUAUCGACAAUAUGAUAAUAUAUAAUAUUGUGCAAUAUUAUAUACUAUAUACAAUAUUACAUAUUAUAAUAUUAUUUAUAUUGAGAGGAUGGUUGAGUGCAAUAAUGUAACAUUUUUGUGAUGAAAAAUUGAAUUAUCUAUCUAAAAGAAAUGGAAUUGAUCGAAAUUUACACGGGUAUCAUUUUGGCGAAAAAUACGCUACGAUUGUAACAACAGAACCAUUUACUUCGUGUUUAUGUAUCGCAUUGCGUCUUAUAUCACUGUUAGCCUGUUGUAUUGUUGUUAUUACUAUGUUGCGUAUUUAAUUAAUUAACAUAUCGAACACUGCACUUUAAAUCGCGACGCAUUUUCACGUCACUGAAAUUCCUGUCCAAGAUGUCGACGAUUUGCUCAGUUUUACGUGACAAUGGCGCACGUAAUAUUCUUUCUUUCUCAGAAGCGACUUUUACAUGACUUUCUAGCUAUUCGGCUUUCGUCGCAGGAAUAACCGAAGUACUCACCGUCUUGACAAAGAAAAAGAAAUCCACUAAGAGAUUUAUCUUUUAUAAACUCUUGCGAGCGAGGAGCCACGCGUCUCCUCGAUGAGCAAUCGUUCUCAUUUCAACCGAACCAAGCUUAAUCGAAUUGAAAGUUUCACGGGGAACUCUCGUAAGAAUAAGUUUCGCUCGGUUGUGCCAUAAUGAGGUACCGUUGCCAAUACGGCAAAUUAAUCUUAAAUGCAAAAGUGGUAGGAGGUACGGGAAAAAUUAUUGACGCCGUCGGUAUUACGAAAUCCGGUUGCGAAAUUUUCACGUGCUCUCUCACGCUUCCACGAGUCCGCGCUCGUCCUCGUACCGUAGUAACACACAAAUCAAGAACGCGUUCAGUCGACUAAGUAUCUUUAUGCUUGAAGCAUCAGCUUUGAACGCGCGAAUAUGUCUGUAUUCGCAUGGAACUUUAUUCGCGCGAUCGGAUAUUUCUUGGCCCAAAUAAAAGAUACGUUACCAUUUGUUUCGUUUGUUCCUUUUCUUGCCACACGCACAGCGUGCUCCAAAUUAAAUAAAUUUACCAAUUAUCGAUUCCGUUACUUGAACGGAAAUCGCAUUUCCUUUGUAACGCGCUCUAACGCAAGAGCGAUGAGCGUAGGGAAAUGUCAUCGAAUUGCGCGCCGCGCGCCGCUGUCGCGAUCGCCGCGUAUAAGCUUUUUUAGCAGAAUAAAUAUUAAUCGUUAUUGUCAUCUCGUAUCGUUAAGACUUUUACUGCGCAUAGCGAGGGGAAGAUUAAGCCCGAGUGCGUCGGUGCAUCUUGAAUCGGCCACCUUUCGUCGACGUUGGUCAAAUUUAACCAUAGUUUAAUCUUUAUCCGAACCAAACUAUUUCUCGAACGCGACAUUCAGGAAGGAAAGGUAAUAACGUUAUAUAAAGAUAUAUCGCGCGAUUAAAAAUUGUUUGUAUUCGUUUUUCUCCUUGAAAUCGGAUGUAGAAACAAUUUGCAUGGAAGGCACCGCGUUUCCAAUCGUAGAUAUAACUUAAAACAAGUAAUGUUGUUAAUUCACAAGCGCUGUUGGCCACUUGCAAUAAAUACUUCGGAGACUUUCGGACAUUUCUGUGUAAAAAAGAAAAAAAAAAAUUUGAAAUUUCGGGUAUAUUUAUUCAUGACACUCGCUCGACUCGUUCGCCUAGAAACGGGGAAUAACUUAUUUAUCUCCUUCUCGAGAAACUGGGACUAGAGGGAGACAGAAAAUCGAUUAAACUAAGGUUGAUGUUAAUCGAUGUUAAUAGAACCGGCCUUGCAACGCGCGCGGGACGGAAUUCGCCGACGAUCGACCGAAUUAUAAACUAUGAACCUUGGAUAAGAGAGAGAUCGCCCGCGCGACCGGAUGCCGAGCUUACUUUAACGUAAGGUAGGAGAUGUUGUAAGCCCUGACGUGAGAGGCUGAAGAAGGAAGAGACUUACUAUUCGUGUGUACUUUGUUUAUCACACCGCGCCAUCCACUUUCGUACCUCGCGCCCGCAACAGCCAUCGCCGUUUCCUCGUUGCAACUCUGACUAUUAUUUAAUCGUUACAACUCGAUAUCGCUGUGGAGUUACAUACGUUACUGUCGUUAUUAACAUAAUCGCGUUACGUUGUCUCGUUAAUUAUAUUCUGUUAUGCGUUUCGCAUUUUGCCGAAAGUCACUAUAUAUUAAUACACGAUUAUAUGAAAACUGAUACACACGUACAUAUAUACUUACAUACAUACGUACACACGCACGCACGCACGCACGCACACCUACCCACCCACUCACACAAUAUGUACACUUACACGCAGUCGUAAUAGGUAUUAUAGCUGGCAUUAAUCGGCAUCCUCCUUUGUGACCGACGCUGUAAAGUGACGCAUCUGGCAUGAUUAUAAAUAUAUAUACAGAUAUAAAUAUAUAAAUAUAUAAAUAUAUAUAUAUAGAUAUUAUAUAAAUAUAAACUAUAAAUAUUAUAUAUUGACUAUAUGUAAGGAUAAGCGAGCAACAUUUAUCUCGGGUGAAAUCACCUAGGAUGUGUCGAGACAUUUAAGAUGAUGCACAGGGUAUAGAUGAGAAUCGUUGAUAUAAUAACUGAUGUCUAUAUUAUAGAUGUUUCUUUCGUUCCAUCAUCGGCCUCAAACACACAUACACACGCAAACAGAGACAUAUGUGCACACACACCCACGAAUACAGUUAUACACACACACACACACGCACGCACGCACGCACGCACACGCACAUACGCACGCACGCACGCACACGCACACACACACACACACACACACACACACACACACACACACACACACACACACACACACACACACACAUUGAAACACGAUCGCGAAUCACGAGUACAUACGAUCGAAGUUUAUUGUAGUAGAUGUUUUUCAGAAAUCCAAUCUGAUUCCGGGCGGCGGCCAAGAAUAAUAGAUGUCAUCGGUGUGUUAGUCGCGCAACAACGUUCAUCGAUUCGCAAUUCGAAAAGAUGAGGAAUUAUAUACACAUAACUCCGGCCGGUCGGUGCGGCCGGUGCAUCCACCAUCGCACUACUAAUUAAUUGACUCUUCGAUUAAUCAAAUUAACUAACUGAUUGUAAAUUGAUCGCUAUAUUAAGGACUUUACUAUUAAGUAUAAAUAUAUAUUAUACAGAUAUAUAAAAGUGUGGAUUCGCUGUUGAACGUGUCGAAUAAACAAAGCUAAAAAAGAAAAAAAGAAGACAAAAUCUGAGAGUUAAGUAAGCGAGUAAGAGAGCUUGGGCCGGGGAAUUUUGCCGGCCUCCGACAUAUUUUUUAAUCGCUUCGAACCUCUAUUAUUCUACCUACUAAUUAAACGUAAUGGUGUAUCUACGUGUGCGUUCGAACGAUCGGCCGAUCCGUAUCCGCGGAUCCGCUCCUGUGUCAGCUCCUGUGUCGCCGCCGCCGAUCGGGUCGCGAUCGCUCGGGCAGUCGAGAUGUGUUCUGUAUCGAAUUAACGAAUGUACUUCUCGAAAUAUUCAUCGCUCCUACGAAAUAUCGCGGGAUAAGGAAGGGUUACGGAUGGAUAUGCUCGUCUCGAUAUGGGCGAUAGCUUGAAAUAUAUAUAAAAGAAAAAAAAAGAAUUUUCCCUGCUCCUUUGCCGCCCGAUCCUAACGAAGCCCACGCAGAUCUCCAACGGACGUUAUUAUUGGGUGCUCAGUGGAUACCCGAGUAUCCCGCAAUAUGUAAAUCUGUAUGUCUCUGCUCGUACUACUACGAUAUUUUAUGUGAAAAAUGAAUUGUUACAAAAUACAUUACUGAUAUAACACCGAAA